CAGGAAGUAAGUGAGGAAACUCCCACUUUGGUUUCCUCAGACAUGAUUGCUGGACAGGUUUGGCAAGUACUAACUCACGACGGUUGAACCCAGCAGCUGCAGUCAUGGAUGAGUCCUUUAAGAAAGCAGCCGAGGAGGUGACAGUACUGAAGCAGAAACCGGAUAACAGAGAACUGAGUGCACUGUACGGUUUAUACAAGCAAGCCACUGUUGGUGACGUUACCGCAGAACGUCCAGGAAUGUUGGAUUUCACAGGAAAAGCUAAAUGGGAUGCCUGGAAUGAAAGAAAAGGUUUGUCCAGCGAAGAAGCAAAGGGAGCUUACAUUGAUUUGGUGGAGAAGCUGAAAGGAAAAUAUGGAAUCUAGACUGUCACUGAAAUAAAGCAUUCUCUUUUUUUAAUCCA